AUGCCAACUUUCCUGAUUUAGGCGGGAUUCUCCCGAUCUUACCCAGCCAUUCCGCUAUCACGAUCGUGAAAGCAAAAUUACCCCUAAAUCCCGAUUUGACCAUUUUUCGACCAAAAUUUCCAAUUUUCCGACUUGACCCGAGUUUGAAAUCGGGACAAUCGUGAAAUCUCGUUAACCUCUCGUAUUAUCAACCAAUGAAAUUUCCCGAAUUCGUCACGCUUAGGUCGCGUGUAAUUUACCUAUCGAGGAUACCUACCUGUGUGUACUGUGACGAUUACGCAGUCAAUUAUGAGCAUGUAUCAUGUUUUGAUAACAAUUAAUGCUAUUCUGGGGUAUGGUGGAGAUCAAUCGGGAAUCUCGCAUAUCGAUUCACCAUGGGUGCAACUCCACCACGAAAAAAGAGUAGAUCAGCAGCGAAAUACCGGGAAAAAUGGGAGGCUGACGCAAGAUUCACCGGAUGGUUGGCGAAGUCAAAACAAGGACAGGCUCAUGCAUACUGCAGAGUGUGCAACAGAGACUUCAGGGUUGACCAUGGUGGACUGAAUGACGUGACAAAGCAUAUGAACACAGCCCUGCACCAAAAUACUUUGAAGUCGCAGAAUUCGACACCGUCUGCCAGAAACUUCUUCACCAGUUCAAAACUCGACCAAGAUGAGGAUGUGAUACGUGCCGAGGUUUUGUUUGCCAAUUUUGUGGCACAGGAUAACCUCCCGUUUCUUGUCGCAGACUGCUUUACCAGGUUCCCAGUUAUGGGGAAAGUAGUGAAAGCCAUGCUUACUGUGCCAAACUCCAAUGCUGAAUGUGAGAGAGUAUUUUCAAUGGUGAAGAAAAUACAGACAGAGACCCUGCUAAUUUGGAUAACAAAACCAUCUGUGCUCUGCUUACCACCAAAGUUAACAACAUUCAGCAUUGUAAUCUUGUGA